CGGCUCGAUCCUACCGAACGGGUUUUUUUAUCUAGCUGCCUGGUCCGGUGGAAGCCGUCGACUGCCCCGGAGAAACGAUCGCGUGUGUGUCGCGUGUGCUCCAAGCGAAAGUAGUACUAACGCUUACUUUCGCUACUUUAGCAUAAGGAAACUAAACAUCAAACAAAAACAAAAAAGAACAUAACAAAACCUUACAGUCAAGUGGUCAAUAAAAAAACCAAAACAAAAUCACACACGCACACACAGGCACACAUCAGAGAGAGAAAAAAACGAGCACACGCAGCCAGUGCUUGCUAGAAGAGGAACCUUUCCCGGGCGAAGCCCUAAUGCUGUUGGGCAGUUUCGGCGGCAUUAUCGACGUAUCAGGGUUCUGCAGCGCAGCGAUUAUGAAAACCGCGUAAAGGCAGAACGAGCCGGCCUCGGCGGAACGGCUUACCAUCCUCACAAGCACCGGGCCCGCCAACAGCGAACAGGCGCGCGCCCGCCCCGCCCCUAGCGCCCGCGUUCGCUAGCACACCGAACCACCAGCACCACCAGCGCCACGACCGGUAGCGCGACCGGUCCACGACCAUGGAUGUGAUGCAGGCAGUGACGGUGCCGGUGCUGUUGCUGCUCGCAAUUUCGCCGUUCGCGGCGACAGUCACCACAGCGUGCGCACCGGAGCGUUCGUACCGCGCCACCAUCUUUACCCAUGCACAGCCUGCCACGAUCGGGCUGGCACUAUCACCACCGCCACCAUCCCCUACCGGCCAUGCGCUCGGCUCGGUCGUGACGGUUGUUACGGCGUCGAUCGGUGCGCUCGUCGCUCUGCUGUACUGUGCCCGUAGCCCAAGCGGUCUGCAGACGCGGCUGUCCUCGAUCACCGGUGCCGUGUCGGGCCUGGCGCCGGUCGCCGCCAGUCGGUACAGCAGUAGCGCCGCCGGCUGUGCUGGCACCCACACGGCCACCGCUGUAGUACUGCUGUCGGUGCGGCAGCUACUACCACUCAUACUAGGAAUUGCCGCCAUGUUGCCUGUGAUUGACGCCGGAUACCACGAGAAACGGUUGCUGCACCAUCUGCUGGACAACUACAACGUGCUCGAGCGACCCGUCGUCAACGAGUCGGACCCGCUGCAGCUCAGCUUCGGGCUGACUUUGAUGCAAAUCAUUGACGUGGACGAAAAGAAUCAGCUCCUAAUCACAAACAUUUGGUUGAAAUUGGAGUGGAACGACAUGAACGUCAGAUGGAACUCGUCCGAGUAUGGUGGGGUGCGCGAUUUGCGGAUACCACCACAUCGCCUCUGGAAACCGGACGUCCUAAUGUACAACAGUGCCGACGAAGGGUUCGAUGGAACGUACCCGACCAACGUGGUCGUGCGCAACAACGGGUCCUGUCUCUACGUACCGCCGGGAAUUUUCAAAUCCACCUGCAAGAUUGACAUCACCUGGUUCCCGUUCGAUGAUCAGCGCUGCGAAAUGAAGUUCGGCUCGUGGACGUACGACGGCUUUCAGCUUGAUCUGCAGCUGCAGGACGAGUCGGGGGGAGACAUUAGCAGCUUCAUCACCAAUGGCGAAUGGGAGCUGCUAGGCGUGCCUGGGAAGCGGAACGAGAUAUACUACAACUGCUGCCCGGAACCGUACAUCGACAUUACCUUCGCGAUACUGAUCCGCCGCAAAACGCUCUACUACUUCUUCAACCUGAUCGUGCCGUGCGUGCUGAUCGCGUCGAUGGCGCUGCUCGGUUUCACGCUGCCGCCUGACUCCGGGGAAAAGCUUUCGCUCGGUGUCACGAUUCUGCUAUCACUCACAGUCUUCCUAAACAUGGUCGCCGAGACGAUGCCGGCUACAUCAGACGCAGUGCCUCUCCUAGGAACCUACUUCAAUUGCAUCAUGUUCAUGGUAGCCUCAUCGGUUGUGUCAACGAUCUUGAUCCUGAACUAUCACCACCGUAACUCCGACACGCACGAAAUGUCCGAAUGGAUUCGCGUAGUGUUCCUGAUUUGGUUACCGUUCAUCCUGCGAAUGAGCCGACCGGGCGAACCGUACCCGCACCCGUGCCGUCCGACAGUGGACGAAAAGAAUAAGCAGCUGCAGGAGGUGGAGAUGCGCGAACGGUCCUCCAAGUCACUGCUGGCCAACGUACUGGACAUCGACGACGACUUCCGAUGCAACCACCGGUGCAACACGCUGCCACACAACCCCACCUACUACCGGACCGUGUACCGCCAGGGUGAGGAUGGCAGUGUCGGGCCGAUCGGGGCAACCGAUACGAUCGGGCGCUCGGCCGGCCUCGGCACGAUCAGUGCCGGCGGGGGCCGCCUGCACGAAACCGUAUCCUCGCACACCUGUCUCAGCUCGUCCGCGGAGUACGAACUCGCACUUAUACUGAAGGAGCUUCGCUACAUUACCGAUCAGCUCCGCAAGGAGGACGAGACUGGCGAGGUCACGCGCGAAUGGAAGUUCGCCGCCAUGGUAGUCGAUCGUCUGUGCCUUAUCAUAUUCACCCUGUUUACGAUCAUCGCCACACUGGCUGUUCUGUUCUCUGCGCCGCACUUUAUCGUUUCAUAACAACCAUCAGCACGGCGGCACACCGGCACACACGGUCAUCAGGAUCGUACCACCACCACCAUCACUACCCUUUCUUCCGGCUCUACUCUCACCACCACCAUCACCGGCACACGCGAACAGCACGACGGGACGGCACAGGAGGACGGUUGCAAUGGUUUCGCGUACGAGCUGCAGAGCUGCUUACUGCCCCCGCUCCUGCUGCUGCUCGUGCUGGCCGGCGGCGUGCUGGUCGCCUGGCUUGCCCGCAAUCGGCACACGCUCGCAUACGGUCUCGCCCAGCUGGUAGCGGUCGCUGACUACCGUCUGCGGCGGUAUGUGUACAUUUUCGUGAAGAAUUUUAAGCUCAUCAGUGACGCAUAGAACGCAUAAACGGCCUGAGAAACAAGAUUGUGACCGGGCCGUACAGGUCCGGAAAUACAGAAUGGGCAGGGAGGGAAGAGGAAAAGAGCAGCGGGGUUUGGGGGGAAUGGAAAGGAAGAUCAGGUCGGCCUCGCAGUCUUAUGAGGAGACGAGACUCGCCGGAGCGCACCACCACUCUGCACUAGGACGAAUGUAUGUAUAUGCGCAGAGUUCUUUUUAUAUCAAAAAACCUAUCGCUAUCAAACAGGAAAGCAACAAAAAAAGCAUAAUAACGUACAUAUAUAGACACAGUAAGCAGUUAUUAAGCAAAAACUGAUCCUCCAGGCAGCAAUACGACGACCGGGACAGAGAAAUGCUUAAGUGACAGCACACAACGCGCACACAAUCUCACACCGACACGGAGGGAUUUUUUUCUGAUACUAAGAUCCGAGGCAACAGAGAAAUAAAACGAGAAAGCAAGACAGAAGCAAUUAAUAGCACAGCUGUGAAUACACCAUGCCUCCCAUGGCCACAGUGAAACCGCAGGACAAAAAACUGACCGGUACGAAGAAAUAAAGAGUACCAGAGUACCUUCCAGAGUACCAGAACUACCGUCAUAAAAAUCUUCUCGUGCUACUAAUACUACUGUUCAUACACACUACUACUACUACCACUACUACUACUACCACUACUACUACUACUACUAUUACUACUACUACUAUUACUACUACUACGUCAACUACUUAUAAUACUAUGAAAUGAGUGAAAUGAAGGGUAACAGACGUAAGAGCAAACCACGAGCAAACUACUAAAUGCUUCUACUAGUGUUGUGUCGUGAGCGAAAGAGCUACCUCGAUCACUCCGCGCACUUAAAAGAGCGCGCACAGUACGUACUCUGUGCAAAAAAUCUGGUAGCUCCAUACUGAGCGGUGUGUGGGGCGAGCAGUGUGCCAAAUCUGUCCGAUUCAGCGGCAGUGAGCAGUGUUUUUACUCGAACGAGUAGACGAUGUGGUGUGCACAGUAGUGUGCGAUAAAUCGUACAAACGAAUCACAUACAUCCUUCUCUUUUCGCUCUCUGCGGAGCUAUCACGCGCUCACCGCUCAGUUUGAUGAGCGCGAGCGCUUCGCUCCGCUCACUCAUAAGAGCUACUUGACCCAACACUAGCUGCUACUAAUUGACAAACUACUAUGAUUAACAUGAUUCUACCGAUAAUGGCGCAACCCAUAUGCUGGCUGUGCUUAAUUGAUCCUAGAAGAAGACCGCAUUCACAGAGACAGAGAGAAAUAGAGAGAAAGUGAGAGAGUGUGAAAGAGAGGUACAUAAAAUGCUAGAAAAGGAACGCUAAACACGAAUGGAAGCUAAUCGAGGUCCAGGAUAGAGUCGCUAGUGAUUCGUACGUAAUCCAAACGAACGUCAGCAAAAACACCAUAAAAUCAGCAUUUCCAGUAUAUGCCUAUAGUAGCCGCGUAGAGCCUGAGUUUUCAGUUGCACCUACUCACAGAUACUCCAACCAGACAAUUUCGGCAGCUUGCGUGGGGCUUCUUCUAGUUCUUCUACGCGUACUAGUUGGUUCAUCCUAGUUUCAAAUGGUCGCUUUGCACGCAGAAAAUAUAGGUUAGCUUUAGCAAACGGUUAUUUUAAUGCACGCAAUGCAACGGUAAAGUGAUGCUAGCUGAAGUACAGGGUGCAAGGUUUGUGAAAGUAGCGAGAGGUCGUAGUUUGUUUUUCCCCCUUGUGUGUUAAGAAAUGUAUCUUACUUGUUUUUACCGUUCCUGUUAAACGUUGUUGUACAACUUGUUCAAGUCAACAUUACAAUCACAUCCCACUUAUCUAAACUAUUUACUAUAGCACCAUCAUCCCCUUGAUUGUUUGACACGGGAUGCUGGUUAGCUCCGUGCAUGAGUUACCUAUCAUGCUGGGUGUCUUGGAGAAGCUCAAACAGAAACCGCCUAUUAGUUUGUUGGUUGCGAUCCGAAUAGAUAAAGUGAAACAGAACAAAAGACUUCCAAAAUAUCCAAUAUUCCAAACAUGCAGGCUAGCUUACUGUGAUCCUGGUGAAAAUUAGUUCGUGAAGGCUGUUGAUAAAAAGAAUAAGCCAGAUUGAGACAGGAACUCGCAUCUUGAACUCAACGCAACGAUAGUACUGUUCUGUUGUUGUUCUUUAUAGGAUGUGGCGCCAAUAGAUCGUGGAUCUUCAUCUAGCUACUGCAGUGCUGAAGUGCUAGAGUGCUUGAGAAACGUCGGAAGUGAAUGACAACUCACUUGGUAAACGGGUACAGGUGAGUGAUAAAAGACAAAGUAUUUGACUUGCUAAAGUAGCAAGGAAUCAAAAGGCAGACAAAGCGAGACAAAUCAUAUUCCAAGUGGCAAACGGGGACAUGCAAAUCAUGAUUGGUUAACUGGAUUAGGCCAAUAGAGCCUAGAUCAGUAGAAUUGUAGAUGAAAGCCUACGAUGGCUUCCCCGACGUAUUUGGCGUAACGCAUUUCACAAACGAACACUGGCGUAAAAGUAUGCGAGUGGGAAGAUCAGGCUCACCCUGUCAAGGCACCUUACUUCCGCAACGCUACUACACAAAAAGAAAUGUUCGACCGUUUAACAGUGCCUAGAAACUACGCAAUGCUUUCACAGCGAUUCGAGAUACAACUUCUGCCAGCAACUAUCUCGUGUGCAGCUCGAUUCGUUUUGCGUUAUGGUUGCGUUAAGGCGUAAGGGUUGGUGGUUUUUCUCUCAUUUGUUUUCUUUACAUUGGCUGGAUUUUUUAGGCGUUAGGCGUUAGAGAAAAUUAAAGUUGUAGCAAAAUAAAAAAGCUAGUCAAGUAAUGUGAGACAUUUUUGGUCUACCAUCAACGUAGCAACGUUUAACGGUGAUGUGGUGUGUAUGUGUGUGUGCGUGUGAUACAGAUGUGAAGAUGACUACCAGAAAAGAAAACACACUCACACACACAAACACAAGCUCGUAGCUCAAUUUCGAUACUGGUAGCGUUACACGGAACGUUACGUCAAAAGCCCCGCGUUUGCACGUUUUACGUAGUUGUUACUAAACUAAUUUUGUUAAUAUGUCGCUCAAGAGCAUUAUAUAGUAGACACAAUUGGAAGCUCCUUUUCAUGCCUGUUGUGUGUGUUUGUGUGUGAUAAGGGAUGGUCAAACAAAAGUGAAAAGGAAAGUUAUUGCAAAUGGGGAGAAAAGCUAAUAAGUAAAAGUCAGACAAGGAAUGGCAAAAUAAUGACUUGAACAACAGCUGGCGUAUCGUAAAAAAAUCAGGAUGGUGCGAGACAUACAUCAGGUGCGAUAGUAGGCGGAUUUAAAAAAUAUGAAAGAAAGAUAAAUGCUGUGAUAUCCACUAAUGACAAAAACAAAAGCUAACAAAACAAAACAAAAUCGAAGAAGGGAUUCAUUGACAGAAGGACAUUCAGAUACAUUCACAAAAACAACAUAUGAACACGUUUCAUACUAAAAUGGCUAUUUCGUAUGAAUUACAACAAAACAAAUGCGAAUCAAACAUUUCUUAACAAUGAAAGAAUAAAAUGUUAAAACCUAAUCGAACAAAAACAAAAAUAACAAUAAAAAAAUCGCAGGCCCUCCCUUUCCAUUAAAUAUAAAACAAUACGUGAAUAACAGAGAUGCAAUUAUGAGCCACAAUUAAAAUCGAAUACCGAUAAACAAAUAAAAUAAAAUUGAUCUUGUUCCCGUUUCAAGGCAAAUCGUUAGCAUCAACCCAUCUUCGGCAAACCAACGCAAGCAGAUGAAGGCAAGGGCGCAAACACAAAAUAACAAUUGUUUUCUAACAUUCUUAACACCUCAGAGGCAAACAACACAAACAUGAAAAUUCUGCUUCUCGCUGUCCCUGUCAAAAAAUCGGGAAAGAAUGUUUGACAAGACAACUCAAUCUUCAACAUUGAAUGUGGCUAAAAGGCUUUAAAUUGCAACCUCCUGCUAAAAUCUGUCACAGUGACAAUGACGCACAAAGUGGCGCAAAUGGUUAAAAAAACACUAAACUAAACGACACCCCUGAUCUUGCCCACAACGUUCGAAUGAUAGAAUGGAAGGGGAACAGGCAAAUGUUACAACUAACGCCCCAAAACAAUCUAUAACCUGCAAGUAAGCAUAUUUAUACAACAUAUAAACGUUACAGCGUAUGUUAAAACAUAAUGGAACAUGAACCCAUAUUAAACACAAACUAACGAAAGAAAACAAGAAACUACCAAACAAAAAUACUCAGCCAGCAAAAUCAAACACCGGAAAAACGGAGAGUAAUGCAAUCAAACGAACAAAGACAAAGCAAAAACUAAACUAAACAAACAAAAGUGUUUAAACAUGGUACUAAAAUUUGAAACCCAAUUUGUAAUACGAAUAUUUAGCGGCCAAUAUUGAAACCUUCCCGUACUUUUAGCACACUAACACACCCGAACCCUUCGCCCUCUCCGGUUGCUUCCUCCGAUUAACAUCCUGAAAUACGUCACAUCUUCGUUCGCGGAACAUUUCGAAAGACAAAAUAAAAACAGCACACAGAUGCAAACACACAUUGACUUGAAGAAAACUAAAAAUCCAGGCGGAAACUGUUGUUACAUUUUUAUACAUUAAACAAAUAAAAUAAAUCAAAUCGAAAAUGAGUAAUACAAACUAGAAACCCUCCUCAAAGAGGUUCCGCUGUUUCAGAUGGUGUGUGUAUGUGUGUGUAUGUGUGUGUGCAUGUUUGUGUAAACGUUUGAGUGAGUGCAUUGAGUGAGCCCGCCGUAUAGAGAAACCAGAGGAAGAACAAGCAAGAAGUCAUUAUCCGGCAAAGUACCGAAGCCCGGACUCGUAAUAGUAAACUCAGUAAGCAACAAAAAUGAGUAAAAAUAAAAACAAUGAGCAAGUAAGUGUGUGUGUAUCUGAGAGAGAAAGAGCGAGAGUGUAAGAGAGAGAAAGAUAGUGUGUGUGUGUUUGAGAGAAAGAGAACUGUUAAAUCAAAAGUUUAGCAAGUAAGUGCAUAAAGUGGUACUAUUAUUCUACAGCAAGACCGUGCAGAACCGGAACUAAACAUUAAGCUAAUGCUCACUACCAACACAUUAAAAGAAUGAUAAGAAAAAUAAAAAUAUAUUUGUAAUCACCAGACCGCAUGAUGUGACGCAUGAAAAGCAGAUCGGAUAGGGGAAGGGGUAGAGUAACAAUGAUAGUAAUAAACGAUAUUUAAAAGCAAACGGCAUACGUUUUGCAACCCUGUCCCUGUCCGUAAACAAAACGAUCAGGUGAAACUUUCAAACAGGACUAAAGAAACCUGAUCGUUACCGGAGAGGAAAAGAGAAAGGGGGGGUCAACAUGUGAGAUUAAAAAAAGGAUGCGAUAAUGUAGUUAAAUCACUUACCCGGCGGUGCAAGCGAUAUAUUUUGCAUUAGGAACAGGCGCGAAUGACAGCAAUCGUUAUCCGUUAGUAGCACACACACCUGUCAAACCGACUUUCGAAUAGUAAUGUUUGGGGUCAUAAACCACUUACAUAUAUUAUACACUACGUUCUCUGCCUGACCGGUAGCUCACAUGCGAAGGUGCGCAAUAAAGAGUAACAGCGAAGGAUAUAGAUAGAGAGAAUAACUCUCUAGACGUCUCAAAAUGAGGUAAAUAAAAUUUAAAUAAACUACGAUUGUGACGAGUAGUGAUAGAUGAGUACAAUACUAAGAAGAAUGAUGCCAGUAGGGGACGGCAGAUGACGUGCACCGGGCAAUGCGAGCGAAACAGAGUGUAAACACAAUCAUGGCGUAACUGAAAAGACUCCACUCUCUCACCUUUUGUUUUUAUUUUCAAGAUGCGAUCUGAAAUUUAACCUAACCAUCCGUACGCGUAAUACGGAGUCACUCACACAGCAGCCGUAGCUAGGGUAUAGGGAUGCUAGUCGCGAUCGUUACCAAACAGGCCGGCAACACAGGUCGGCAACAGAAGUCAUAAUACACUCGGCAUCAUCCACAGUGCCACUUAAUACGGAUAACACAGCACACAUCUUAACACAUAUAUAUACACACACACACACACACACCCACACACACAAACAUGGAACUGUGCCGUUAUGGAGGAGUCACUCAAAAGAAGCUAAAACCUAAUAUCUCUUCCUUCAAGGCCAUCAAACCGAACCCCAUUUAACACGUCUCCCUAGUACCAGCACUGCUAAAUGCAUGCGCACUUUUCUUAUUAUGCAUAAUACUAAAUCAUACUAAGCAGACACUACUGCUACGGGCGAGAAGGGGGUGCGAUAUCGAUUGAAUAAUAACCGGUCUUCCAGUGAUAAAGAAAGCAUAAUAAGGAAAACACUAACACACAGAAAGUGAUUUCAAACUAUUAAAGCAAAAUAAUUAAACAUUCAACACACAUACACAAACACACACAUACACACACUCACACACACAAACAUAUAUUCAAAUAUUCAGGCAUGCUGAGAUGCAGCUGGAUAAAUCCCCGAAAUGUCAAAUGAAUAAUGGGAAACGACAUAAAAAAAGCCAUUGCCAACAUAAAACAUUGCCAAGGUUCCCUCAAAGGGUAAGGAUUAACAAAAAACAAUAAAAACGAAGCGCCAAAAGAGAGCGCCAAACUAAAACGGCGGAAGAGAUGUUUAAAAUCAUCAACUAUAAGACAAGUUAUAUAGUUAAUUAUAUAUUAAUCCGGCUUUAAAGUGUUCACGCGUCGCCAUACUUCCUCUCCCAAACUACUGUUUUCGGGCACUACUAUUUCCCCAGCGCGCGUGCGCCGUACUUCCUUUUGUGCCCAAUUUUCCCCCAGAAAGUAACCGCAAAGUGUAAGGUUUCGUGCAAGGAUUCGUAUCCUUCGUUCCGAUUCAAACGAAGUAUAACUGCAAAAACUGUUCAUGUUCGUUUUAGCACAACCCUUCUACUACUACAUCACUAGCUUCGCAUACAAACAAACCAAAAACUACAACUACACGGUUUUUUACCACAAUCAAACCUAUUUCGCACAUGUACACAUACCCUAAGGACUACGCCACACACGCACACACAUGUACACAACUUUUCAUACUACGGACACGGCUCUUUUAAUUGAUAAAGAAAUAUAUUUAAAGAAAAAAAAAAACAAAUAUACAUAUAUAAAUAAAGAAA